UGCAGUAGCCCGGUGUACGUCGCGUGUCAGCUUCUAGAUUUACCAUUUUCCAUGUUUUGACUUUGUUUUGUUUGUUUUUCUUCGUCCAAACUACGCUUUCCACCUCCGACAAGUUUUCCCGCGUGCCGGAAAAAUGCUAAAACCAUUUUACUGUCUGUUUUUGUUUGUGUUACCCGUGGUGGUGCUGCUGCUGCUCUUCCAGAGCGCCGGCGGCGAGGGGAUGCAGUGCAUCCGCCUGAGCCGGGCGGACAUAGAGAGGCGACUGUCCACGAAGACGCCGUACCGGUCGGUUGCCAAUUACGACGAGACGCCGCCGCAGUACGCGGGUUGCCACCCCACCCGAAUCUGGUCCAUUAUCCGUCACGGAACGCGAAAUCCCAGCGAAUCCGUUAUCCUUCAAGCUCAAAAUCGCCUGGCGGAAAUAAAGAACCUCAUACUGGAGCAAACCAAACCGAAUCUUUCUUCUGAGGAUUUGAAAAAACUGCGUAAAUGGAGCUGGGAACACUUAAAUGCCAAGGAAGAUGAAAAGUUACUGGUGGCGGAGGGCGAGGAUGAGCUUACAGAGCUGGCGGAGCGAAUGCAAAAUCGUUUCCCAUCACUCCUGCCGGAUAUAUACAAUCCGGAGUGGUAUUAUUUCAAGUACACGGCAACGCAAAGAACCUUAAUGAGUGCGCAAAGCUUUGCUACGGGUUUAUUUGGGCGCCAUCGGAUACAUACGGUCCAAUAUCCGCCACCAAUGCACAAGGAUCCGGUUUUAAGGUUCUAUAAGCGCUGUGACAGGUGGAAAACUGACGUCGAUAAGAAUCCCGAAACCUUGGUUAAUGCACGCCUUUUCCUUGCGGAGCCGCCCAUACAGUCAGCAGUGGAGCAGUUGCGCAGCAGCACAGGCUUGCCUGACCUCCAGCCGGAGGAUGUGCAGCUUAUGUAUACGGUUUGUGCCUUUGAAACAGCCUGGCAUCGGCAACGUGAUGGCACUCGCCAUGCCGAUUCAGUGUGGUGCAGCUUCUUUGAUUUGGCGGCUUUGGAUGCUUUGGAGUUCUUUGAGGAUCUGGAGUACUACUGGAACGAUGGCUAUGGCUAUGAACUGACCCAUCGCAUUGCCUGUCCGGCAAUGGCAGAUAUGUUUGCGGCCAUUGGCAGUUCCGUGAAGUUGGAGAACGAGGAAAUGCAAUUGCCAGGCAGGGCCAAUGCCACAUUUUAUUUCACCCAUUCGGGCACGCUGCUAAAGCUGCUGGCACACCUCGGACUGGCCAGGGAUGAGGAGCCGCUGACGCACAAGCACUUUGCCAGCGAACGUCGCUGGCGCACCAGCCAGAUUGAUGCCUUCGCGACCAACUUGGCCUUUUUGCGCUACGACUGCGAGGAGAUGGAGCCGCAGGUUGUGGUUCUGCACCAAGAGCGAGUGGUGCGCCUGCCCAAGUGUCCGCAGGACCAGGACCUCUGCCCGCUGGCCAUGCUGCGUCGCAUUUAUGCCGACAGCGUGGAGAAUUGUGACUUUGAGGAGCUGUGCCGGUUGAGUGAGUGAAGCUGAAGCUGAAGCUGCUGCUGCUGCUGCUGUUCCGCUGCAAGACCAUGGAAGGAUUCGUCGAAAUGUUUGGGAUACACCUGUAAUGAUUAGUUUGAAAUUGAUGAUGAUGCUGCAAUGGGGGCUGGAGUUUAAGGAAGAUCUAGCUAAGGUUAGUUUUGUAAGCGAUUGGAAAAUGUGUGUGUGUGUAGAGGAGAAGCGCUGAUGAGUCGAUAUCUGUGUGUUUUGUAUGCCUUAUUAUUCAAUGUGGACCAUCCAAUCCAGAGCAAGCGAACUUCGGAGAGAGAGAGAGAAGAAGGUGCUGACCGGGGGGGAGCGUUUCACGCUUUAUAUACAUACAUAUAUAUAUAUAUACCCUUAUCUAUAUCUGGAAGUCUCCCCUGCUGUAAAAGAUUUCUACUAAAUUAAUCUUGAUUUCUUAACCCGUUUUUUGUUGUUAUUCAUAUUAAUCUUAACGUUAACCCUAAUCUUAACUUUAACCUAUCCUUAAACCUAAGUUUAAAUUGAAAGCCAGGCCCCAGCUAAACGGCAAACGCAUAGUGUACAUAUAUACAUACUGAUGUCUUAGAAUAAAUAAUUAUAAAGUUAUAAUACACCCAUAUAUAAAAUUGAUAUAUACAACUAUACAAGUUCAUCAAUUCAAAACCUUCCUUUGCCUCCCCCAAAAAACAAAACAAAAAAAAAGAGAGUUUAGAAAAAACGUUCGUUGUGCUAACUUGUGUUAUAUACCUAUAAACAAAACCCCGAUAUAUACUAUAAAUAGGAACGAUUGGUGGGAGCAAAGGCAGGGCAAUUGAACAAAUUUUGGGUUCCUAAAGAUCAAUUCUCAAAGCAGCUCUCAGUGAAAAAGAAAGAGAUGGCUAGAGAGAGGAGAGAGAGAGAGAGAAAGUGAUGAGGAAGAGGCCCAAUCAAUCAGACACCGUGUACAUAGUGCCCAAGGCUUUAAUCACUAAUUAUAAAGUCUAGGGUUCGGUUUCUACUCUCGCUGUUAAAUUAACCGAUCGAAAAAUAUAAUCAACAGAUACAAAUUCUGGUAAAACUAAUCAGUUAACUGUUCUUUUUGUAAUUUAUUCAAACAAUAAAAUAUAAAACAAAGUGAUCGAAAAAUAUAAUCACCUGUUAAAGCCAACUGUUAUUUUUGUAAUUUAUCCAAACGAUAAAAAAUAACAAAGUGCUGUUAAGCAACGAAUUAAGCUGUUAAGCGACAACUCUAACGCUUCUUUUUUAUCAAGCUUACAAAUAUUUAACAGAAAGAAACCAAAUUCUCUUAACCGGCACUUAACAGAGAGUGUAGAAACCGACCUUAAAUCGAAAGCCCAACAACUACCACAACAACACCAACCAUGUAACAACAACAAAUACAACUAACAAAAACAAUUCUAGUUUAAAGCUUAACUCGCUUGGACUUUUCAAUUUGUUUAAGCUAAAAAUAAAACACGAAAAAAUAUAUAUAUAUCAA